AUGGCAGAAGCUUCCGAGGAUACCUCAACUCAGCCUGUAACAGUAAAGAAAAAGAAAAGUCUGUCCAUUGAGGAAAAGAUUGACAUCAUAAAUGCAGUGGAAAGUGGCAAGAAAAAAGCAGAGAUUGCAGCCGAAUAUGGAAUAAAGAAAAAUUCAUUGUCAUCGAUUAUGAAGAAUAAAGACAAAGUUCUAGAAGCCUUUGAAUCGCUGAGAUUUGAUCCAAAAAGAAAAAGACUGAGAACUGCUUUUUACACAGAUCUUGAAGAGGCAUUGAUGAGGUGGUAUCGAAUUGCUCAGUGUCUAAAUGUACCAGUUAAUGGUCCAAUGUUGCGUCUAAAAGCUAAUGAUUUUGCCCAGAAACUGGGACAUAAUGAUUUUAAGUGCAGUAAUGGUUGGCUGGAUCGCUUUAAAUCCAGGUAUGGUUUGGUAUUCAGAGCUCAACCUGUAGAAGCUACAGCUACAUCAGUAGAUCCUUCAACUGUCUGGUGCCAAAAUGUACUUCCUUAUUAUUUAAAUGAUUAUCAUCCUAAAAAUAUUUUUAAUAUAAAAGAGACUGGGUUGCUUUAUAGAAUGUUACCUACAAAUACAUUUGCUUUUAAAGGGGAAACAUGCUCAAUUGGAAACUUAUGUAAAGACAGAAUAACUCUGGUGGUUGGGACAAACAUGGAUGGCACAGAGAAACUUCCUUUGCUCAUUAUUGGAAAAAACAGAAAUCCACAUUGUUUCAAAGGUAUAAAAUCAUUGCCUGUGCAUUAUGAAGCUAACAGAAUGGCAUGGAUGACCUCUGAAGUAUUUGAAAAAUGGAUGUGGGAGCUUGAUAAGAAAUUUCAAGCCCAGCAACGAAGAGUGGUGAUUUUUGUUGAUUCUUUUCCUGCACAUCCAGAGGUAAAGAAUCUAAAGUCCAUUGAGCUAGCAUUCUUUCCAUCAUGUUUAUCUUCCAAAUUUAUAGCUAUGAAACAAGGUGUUAUUAAAAGCCUUAAAAUCAAGUAUCGACACUGUCUUAUCAAGAAAUUUUUAAGCUCUGUUGAAGGAGGCAAAGAAUUUACUUUUUCCCUACUAGAUGCAGUUGAUAUAUUGCAUCUCUGUUGGAGGACUAUAACCCCAGAGACUAUUGUGAAGAGCUAUGAAGAGGCAGGAUUCACAUCCCAAAAAGGAGAAAGUGACACAACAAAUGCAGAGACAGACACUGGUCUUGAUUUGGUUGCCCAUGCUCUGGCAGCAGGAGUAGAAUUCCCUGAAGGCCUAUCUAUAGAAGAGUAUGCUGCCCUGGAUGACGAUUUGGAGACCUGUGAAGCAGCACCAAGUGGUGACCCAGAAGGGACCAAAGAAAGUAAAGCAGAUGAAACAGGAUUUUGUACUUCUGAUGAAGAUGAUGAUGGCGGAUCUUCAGGAACUGAACUCCCUUUGCCAUCAAAAAAUGAGGCAAUAACUGCUUUAGAUACUCUUAAAAAAUUUCUUAGAAGUCAAGAUAUGAAUGAUGUACUUCAUAAUUCUUUAGCAGAUCUUGAAAAUUUUAUUAACUCUUUAUCAUCCAAAUAA